CUAACCUCGUGAAAGGUGCUGUCUCUGCACGUUGUCUGAAUUUUCCUAUUUCUUACUCUGCUGCGCUGCUUCCUAAGAUCCCUUCUGAACUCUGGAGAAACUCAGCUACUUAACUCUGCUUUUUUUUUGCUUCUUGUUAUUCAACAAAAUUAGGGUGUCUCUAUAGCUGAUAAUCAUCCCCAUCUGGGCUCUGUGAUCAUUUCGGUUCAAUCAAUCAAGGUCAGAGCUUGUUCAUCUGCAUCAUUGGCAGUUGGCACCUUCGUUUAAGAAUGGCAUUACCAAGCCACUUGGAUCAGGAAAAUCCAACCACAAAUGAUGAUGAAGAAUCUGUUGAAGCCCUUUUGGAGAAAAUGAGCAUCAUCAAUGCUGGCAAAAUACAAGACCAAGUACUUGAAGAGAUUCUGGCCAAGAAUUCCAAAACUGAGUAUUUGGCCAGAUUUUUUUCAGAUGCUGAUGAUGAUGUGAAGCAAGUUCUCAAGAAGAAGGUCCCUUUGGUUGAUUACACAGACCUCUUGCCUUAUAUCCAAAGGAUUGCUGAUGGAGGAUCACAUCAUAUACUUUCAGCUGAUCCCAUUCUUGAGUUGAUUUCCAGCUCAGGGACUACAGGAGGGAAGCACAAAUUGUUUCCUGGUACUGCUAAACAGCUAAGUCUUCAGGCAUCAGUUGUCAAAUUUGCUAUCAAUAUAUUAAACAAGUAAGCAUUCUUAAGUUUAUGACAAUAUUAGAACUUGACAUCCAACUCAAAACCAAUCGGCAAAGAGUGAGGUGGCUCAGGAUCUUAUAUCUUGAUAUCCAGUUGGUUAACUUUCUACUGAUGCUUCUACAUGGUAGUAAUUUUUGCAGAUUAAUCUAACACUGAUUGAGUUAAUUACAUUCAAACUACUUCCCCUGAAAUUUGUAAAAAAAAAAAAUACUUAGUAUAGCCCUUUGAUCAACCGACCUGGUAAAGUUACAAAUCUAAUAUUGGGAUUGAUCAGGCACUUUGUUGAUGGUGAUCAGCAUCUGAAAGGGAAAAGAAUGUUUCUUUAUACCAUGGCACCUGAAUUCACUACUCCAGGCCAUUUGGUGGCAAGAAGUGGCAUAGCCAGUAUCAUAAAAAAAAGCCUGGCAGGAUCACCGUCUUCCAACCCUCCUGAUGCUAUCAUCCCUCCGGAAGUCACGUUGUGUGAGGAUGUGAAACAAAGUAUGUACUCCCAGUUACUCUGUGGUCUCCUGCAGAGAGAAUCAGUCAUGACUUUCGGGACAGUUUUCGCUGCGGGUUUUGUUCAGGUGAUGAAAUUUUUAGAGCAACACUGGGAAGAACUUUGCUGUAAUAUAAGACAAGGCCGAAUCAGCGAUUGGAUUGAUGAUCCGAAAUGCAGGGGAGCUUUAUCUUAUAUUCUGACUACGCCAAUGCCAGCAUUGGCAGACGAAAUUUCAAAGGAAUUUGAGAAAAAUUCAUGGGAAGGAAUCGUAAAGAAACUUUGGCCUGGAGCCAAGUUCAUUGAGGCUGUGGUGACUGGAUCUAUGGCUCAAUACAUCCCAAAGCUGGAGUUCUAUGGUGGUGGACUACCGAUAGUUUCAUUGAUGUAUGCCGCAUGUGAAGGUAAUUUCGGGAUAAAUCUCAAGCCAUUGUGUGAUCCUGAUGAUGUCAGUUAUUGUCUUGUACCGUGGAUGGCUUAUUACGAGUUCUUGCCGGUUGAUCCAAUCUCUGAGGAUGAUGCAGCCGAUAUCAAUAAUGGCAGAGUUGUUGAUCUUGCUGACGUGAAAAUUGGUCAACAUUAUGAAUUGGUGGUGACAACCUUUUCAGGGUUGAACAGAUACAAAAUGGGAGAUAUUCUAAUGGUGACAGCAUUUCACAAGAAUGCACCACAGUUCCGUUUCGUGCGAAGGAAAAAUGUGGUACUGAGCUUACUGUCAGAUAAGACCACGGAAGAAGACCUAAUCAAAGCGACUUCAAAAGCCAUAAACAGCAUCCUUGAACCACAUGGUUUUUUCCUCACUGACUACACUAGCUAUGCCGAUUCGGGUUCCUUUCAUUAUGUACUGUUUUGGGAGCUUCAAAAUCAUGGAGAACUUGGAGUACAGGAUAAUGGAUUUGUUGAAAUGAUGAAAGGAUGUUGUAAUGUAGUGGAUCAAUCAUUGGAUGAUAAAUACAGGUACUACCGAAUUCACAACACCAUCGGUCCCUUGGAAAUUAAGGUUGUGAAACAAGGGACGUUUGAUGCGCUCAUGGAUUUCACGCUUUCUCGCCGAAAAUCUACUUCUCCUAGUCAGUACAAACCGGUUAAGUGCAUUACAUCUGAGGAUGCCAUUCAGAUGAUGAAUUCCAUGGUGAUGGCUACGUUUUUCAGCGAUUGAAUGGCGUAGUUUUCGACUUUAAAUGUGGUUCCAUGUACUGUUGAAUUCCACCCUGAUACCGAUCCAUGUAUCGUUGCUUGCAUGAAAAUCACUCGGGUUCUCCAUUUUACUGGAGGCGUUGUGCUUGAAUCUGAUUGGCAUAGAUAGCACAAAUUGUUUCAUUGAUAAAAGAACUAGUAAUUUGUUUGAUAUUGAAUUUUGAAAUUGUGAGCUCUAUGGUAGAGGUGUCUGUAACUUGAUUGAUUCUAUAUUUUGCUCCCGUCGAUUCAAGUUGUGAUUAUGUGGUGAUUACUGAUUAAACCUAAUCACAAGUUGUGAUGAGCUUCCAACUCACAUUGUUCAGAUUUAAUAUUUGAGCACAAGGUUGGAGCUAGUGCUGGAAGUACUAAAUUUAUCAACAAAAAGCUCAUUUUAAAGAAUUCUGUUGGAUUUGUGUUUGUGUCUGAUUAGCCAUUUUGAGGUUAGACAAGUUCUUCAACUUAGGGAUAAGACUGCAACGAUGAUGCACUGUGACUUCAAUAAAUGUCAGCAAAG